ACGAAUAAUUGCAGCCUCAGAAUCGUCUUAUAGAUCAUGUUGGCCACUCGCCACUCUGAAAUGAAAGGGAUAGCUUAGAAAAAAAAAAAGCUGACGUGCCGGUUAUCAACGGUGAAGGCUGGCUUUCAGGGACCGUUGAAGCCUUCAGCUAGAGUUCCCUCCAGGCGUUAUCUCUUUCUCUUGGCUUCUCUGCUUCCGCUCACCUUUUUUUUUCUGUAGUUCUUCUGUAGCAAGCACAAGCAAAGAAUGCAUCAGAUACACAUUAACUGUUGAAUUUGAAGAUUUUCAAGGAGUCUGCAGUACUACAGCCACUGAUCACAGUUUAGAAGAGAGAAGGGUAUCAAGCAUUUCAGGAUUUUGCGCCGAGGAGAAGAGAUGACAGAAAAUAGUCAGAAAAAGAACCCUCCAUCACUAAUGGGGGAGGGUGCAUCAUCACUAAUGGGGGAGGGUGCAUCAGAAGCUCUUCCAGAAGGAAAAUCACUUGAGAGAUGGAUGGCAUUUCCAGAGAAAAACCCACAAAAUGAUCCAGAUCAAAAUGAGAUAGAAGAGUCCAAGGAAACUGAAAAUAACCAGUCAAUGGUACAAAGAGCAGCAGCUUGGGGUCUGACAGUAAAACCCAGCGAUCCUAACAGCCAAAUUUUUGUCUUUCCAUCAUCGAUCGAGGGCAGUAAACAAUCCAUGGAGAGACUCUCAGGGACUACGAGGACAUCAAAUGAAUCAAAUUCUGCCAUGGAUUCAAGUUUCCCUAGAGUUUCUCAGGAGCUAAAAGAUGCAUUGUCCUCUCUUAAGCAGACUUUUGUUGUUUCAGAUGCAAGAACGCCAGAUUGCCCUAUCAUGUAUGCAAGCGCUGGGUUUUCCAGCAUGACAGGAUAUUCAGUAAAGGAGGUCAUUGGAAGGAACUGUCGCUUUCUUCAGGGGCCUGAAACAGAUUUAAAAGAGGUUGCAAAGAUAAGAGAAGCGGUUAGAACUGGGAAGAGCUACUGUGGCAGGCUCUUGAACUACAAGAAAAAUGGAACUCCUUUCUGGAACCUUCUCACCAUAACGCCAAUAAGGGAUGGCAAUGGGAAUGUUAUUAAAUUCAUAGGAAUGCAGGUUGAGGUCAGCAAAUACACAGAAGGUUUAAAUGACAAACUAUUCCGGCCUAAUGCAUUGCCAGUGUCCUUAAUCCGCUAUGACGAGAGACAAAAGGAUACGGCCAUGUCUUCGAUUACGGAAGUUGUGCAGACAGUGAGACACCCACAAAAUCACUCAGAAGCUACAGAAUUUGAUAUUGCCAUAAAGAUCGAUGAUAAAACUAAAGGAUACACCAAAUCUCCACUUCAUGGAGCUGCAGACAUGAAGAAUCUUAAUUCACCCGGAAGACUGACUUCUCUGCAUGACAUGAGAAAUGAAUCUCAGAGAACAAGUAUUAGGAAAUCAGGCCGCUCUUCCUUAAUGGGCUUUAGAAGAAGAAAAAGUUCAGCAGAAAUCAUAAUAGAACCAGAGAUUCUAAUGACCAGAGAUGUACAGCGCACAGAGAGCUGGGACCGUGUGGAAAGGGAAAAAGAUAUACGACAAGCAAUAGAUCUUGCUACAACAUUAGAGCGCAUAGAGAAGAAUUUUGUUAUCACUGAUCCAAGACUUCCUGAUAAUCCCAUUAUAUUUGCAUCAGACAGCUUUCUUGAAUUGACAGAAUAUAGUCGGGAAGAGAUUCUAGGAAGAAACUGUAGGUUUCUUCAAGGGCCUGAAACGGAUCAAGCAGUAGUCUCAAAGAUAAGAGAUGCUAUAAGAGAACAAAGAGAAAUAACUGUUCAACUUAUUAAUUACACCAAAAGUGGAAAAAAAUUUUGGAACUUAUUCCACUUACAACCUAUGCGCGAUCAAAAGGGUGAACUUCAAUACUUCAUUGGCGUGCAACUUGAUGGAAGUGAUCAUGUUGAACCCCUUCGCAAUCGCCUCUCAGAGAGAACAGAGAUGAACAGUGCAAAAAUGGUUAAAGCCACGGCAGAAAAUGUUAAUGAGGCUGUCAGAGAACUUCCGGAUGCCAACUUGAGACCUGAGGCCUUGUGGGAAGUCCACUCAAAACCUGUCUUUCCAAAGCCACACAAUAGUAAUAAAUCUUCAUGGAAAGCAAUAGAGAAGAUAACUGGAGAAGGUGAACAAUUAAGUUUGAAGCAUUUCAGACCAAUAAAACCUUUGGGCUGUGGGGAUACUGGAAGCGUACAUUUAGUGGAACUUGAAGGCACAAACCAACUAUUUGCUAUGAAGGCAAUGGACAAAGUAGUUAUGAUGAACCGCAAUAAGGUGCAUCGAGCAUGCAUUGAGAGGGAAAUUUACUCGUUACUGGACCAUCCCUUCCUUCCAACAUUAUACGCUUCUUUUCAGACAACAACACACGUUUGUUUGAUAACAGACUUUUGUCCGGGAGGAGAGUUAUUUGCAUUGCUUGAUAGGCAGCCUAUGAAGAUUAUCAAAGAGGAAGUUGCAAGGUUUUAUGCUGCUGAAGUUAUUGUUGGCCUGGAAUACCUUCAUUGUCUAGGAAUAAUAUAUCGUGAUUUGAAGCCUGAAAAUAUUCUACUCCAGGAAGAUGGGCAUAUAAUGUUAACAGACUUCGAUCUAUCAUUCCUGACAAAUUGCAAACCUCAAGUAAUCAAGCAUGCAACGCCAACAAGAAGAAGAUCCAAAGACCAUCCUCCACCAAUCUUUGUAGCAGAGCCAACCACGCAAUCAAAUUCAUUUGUAGGAACAGAAGAGUACAUAGCACCUGAAAUAAUCAGCCGAGGUGCGAGUGUGGCAAGCAUGCACAAGUUCAUGUGCCCUUCUAUUUUUGAAUGCUCAUCACACCCAAAUGGAAGGAAAUCAUCACAGGUGCAGCCCAUAGCAGCGCCAUUGACUGGUGGGCUCUUGGAAUAUUGCUCUAUGAGAUGCUGUAUGGCCGGACACCAUUUAGAGGAAAAAAUAGACAAAGGACAUUUGCCAACAUUUUGUACAAAGAUCUUACCUUUCCAAGCAGCAUACCGCCUUGCAGCAAGGCAGUUGAUAAAUGGAUUGCUGCACAGAGACCCUACCUAUCGUUUGGGAUCUAACAUUGGUGCCAACGAAAUCAAGCAGCAUUCCUUCUUCCGUGAGAUCAACUGGCCACUCAUUCGUUGCAUGCGUAUUCCAGAGUUAGAUGUUCCUCUUCAACUAACCAGCAAGGAAACAAAUUCCUAUGCAAAGGAUGCAAAAUUUGAUAACGAGGAUGUGCUGAUCCAGAGUAGAGAAAUUUUAUGAGGUAACAAACAAUCAGGUUGCUGAUCAGCAAAAGAUAAAACAAUAUGUGCUUACCUUUCCUCUGAAUGUUUCUAAGAAUAAGGCUCUGUUUUUUGAGGCAGAGAACACAAGAAAUACCUCUUUGGCGAGCAAAUGGCUUACAAAGCCAAAAGAACAGGCAAUGCCUAAGGUCUCUUAAUUAUCUAUCUACAUGAAAUGUUGUGAAAAUGGUGAACAAGCAUUUUGAGAAUUGUAAUAUUUUUUCAACCAUCGCCAAGAUCAACAGCCAGUUCUGAGGAAAAAUCAUUCAUAAUCAAUGAAUUUCAGUGUUAUUUUGUAUAUUAUCGACUGUGAGAGAUCACUAAGAAAAUGACAAAUUGAUAAUAAAGAAAUAAUAAUUACAUA